CGCGGAAAUUAGCAACCUCUUACACACAUGCUUAAAAUAUUGUCUUAUCUUCUUUCUUACACUAAUUUAUUCAUUAACACUAACACAAAAACUUCAAUUUUCUCUUCUUCUCUUCAAAAACCAUUUGUUAUAUUCAACUCAAUGAAAAUCAGUUUCAGUUUCAUAGUUCUUAUCUUGUUAAUAGCUUCAACAGAAUCAAAGUGUAACGAAGGUUGUAGUCUAGCUCUAGCGUCAUACACCUUAAACCAUGUUUCCAACCUUACAUAUAUUUCAAACAUUAUGAAAUCCAAUGUUCUUUCAAAACCUCAAGAUAUCAUCAUCAACAACGACAAAAACAAAAGGGCGAAUGUUCCCUUCCCUUGUAAUUGCAUCAAUGGAGAGUUUCUUGCUUAUACAUUUCUCUAUGAGCUUCAGCCAGGAGAAACAUAUACAUCAGUUGCAGAAGAGAGUUUUUCAAAUUUGACUACUGAUGUUUGGAUGCAAAACUUCAAUGUUUAUAGACCAACUAAUAUUCCUGAUUUUGCAAUGAUUAAAGUUACUGUUAAUUGUUCUUGUGGGAAUAAAGAGGUUUCUAUGGAUUAUGGAUUGUUCAUCACAUAUCCACUUAGAAGUGAGGACACUUUGGAGUCUAUUGCUAAGGGUGCAGAGAUUGAGGCUGAGUUGCUGCAGAGGUACAACCCUGGUGUUAAUUUCAGCAAAGGAAGUGGUCUUGUUUUUAUUCCAGGGAAAGAUCAAAAUGGAAGCUAUUUGCCCCUUCACCCGAGUAGGUUUGAUCUCUUACUCCUGCAAAAAGUUGGUCUAGGAACUGUGGCUAUUACUGGAAUAUCUGUUGGAGUACUAGCAGCGCUUUUACUAUUGUUAUUUUUUGUGUAUAUUAAAUAUUAUCUAAAGAAGAAGAAUAAGAAGACAUGGGAGAAAAAUUUGAUUUUGGAUGAUUCCAAGAUGAAGUCAGCUCAAAUUGGUACCAACAUCGCAAGCAUUAUGGUGGAAAAAUCAGAAGAAUUUUCAUACAAAGAACUAUCGAUUGCCACAAAUAAUUUCAGCAUGGCUAAUAAAAUUGGUGAAGGUGGUUUUGGAGAAGUCUUCUAUGCAGAGCUGAGAGGACAGAAAGCCGCCAUUAAGAAGAUGAAGAUGAAGGCAUCAAAAGAAUUUUGCGCUGAAUUGAAAGUCUUAACUCUUGUUCAUCAUUUGAACUUGGUAGGUUUGAUUGGAUAUUGUGUUGAAGGUUUUCUCUUCCUUGUCUAUGAAUACAUUGACAAUGGAAACUUGAGUCAAAAUCUUCACGAUUCAGAAAGAGAACCUUUGUCAUGGUCUACAAGGAUGCAAAUUGCGCUGGAUUCAGCCAGAGGUCUUGAAUAUAUUCAUGAACAUACAGUACCUGUAUAUAUCCAUCGCGAUAUAAAGUCGGAGAACAUUUUAUUAGACAAAAGCUUUUGUGCAAAGGUUGCAGAUUUUGGAUUAUCCAAGCUUGCUGAUGUUGGAAAUUCAACUUCAUCAACUAUAGUUGCAGAGGGUACAUUCGGUUACAUGCCACCGGAAUACGCAUGUGGCAGUGUCUCUUCUUCUCCGAAAGUAGAUGUCUACGCCUUUGGUGUUGUUCUGUAUGAACUUAUUUCUGCUAAAGCAGCUGUAAUCAAUGAUGGUCCUCAAGUAACAGGGCUUGUGGCUGUGUUUGAUGAAGUGUUUGGCUAUGACCAAGAUCCAACAGAAGGUAUAAAAAAUCUGGUGGAUCCUAGACUUGGAGAUAACUACUCAAUUGAUUCAGUUUGCAAGAUGGCACAACUAGCAAAAGCAUGUACAAUGAGGGAUCCACAACUACGUCCAAGUAUGAGAUCGAUUGUGGUUGCUCUUAUGACACUAACUUCUACAACUGAAGAUUGGAAUAUUUCAUCUUUUUAUGAAAAUCCAGCUUUUUUAAAUUUAAUGUCUGGAAAAUAGUAGUACAAACUAUAUGAUGCAGUCACCAACAUUUAAUUGUUCUGUUGAAAAACAAAUUCGGGAAUGGAUAUACUGCUACAUUACCUACAAAGAUAUACUAAUACUGAAGACCAACAUCAUUUUAACCAA